AUGUUCCGGCAGCUUGUCUGGCACAUGUGCUGGCAGGUGGGCGCUGGGCUGCAUUGGCUGGCCUUCUGGAAAACGAUCGUCCCCGGCUGGUCACGGCCCGUUUCUGGCCUAACGGGCAACCAUGGUUGGCUCUCCUUCACGUCAAGGUGA